GGGGCGAAGCCUGCGAUGCACGAAAGCCGCUACGAAGUCGGAGCAACUACGUUAAAAAAAACAAAAACAAAGAAAAAAAAAACAGCAAAGAUUGGCUCAGAUAAUAAUAAUAACAAUACUAAUUUGCCUUUGAUCGUAAUGCCGUUUGAUUUGGUUUAGUUAAUUGAACUAUAUAGCGUGUCGCCGGCGUUCCCAAACAGCACUGCGUCAAUGCACUACAUUUCCCAUAAACGACUGCGGUUUAAAGCCCCCUACCCCAAGGCAUUGUGGGACUCAAGCUUAUUUGCUAAAAAGAAAAAAGAACUACAUUUCCCAUAAAUGACUGCGGUUUAAAGCCCCUUUUCCCAAGGCAAAAAUAAAAGAAAAAAGAAAGAACUACGUUUCCCAAGCUGAUGGUGCCGUAUUGUACGUCUCCUAGUUUGGUUCCUACGAGCGGAGAUUCAUUGGAACAUUUUGCAAAUAUUCAAGGAGUAAAGGAGUACAUUUUACGGCGAGGAGGACGCUCGCGUUGUCGUCGACGGUCACCAUGGCGCCCGACGGAGAGGACCGACAAACCCUGCGGGCGAAAUUUGCUGCUGCGGUUCAAGUGAUCCGGAGCUUGCCCAAACAAGGUCCUUUCCAACUGUCAGACGACAUGAUGCUGAUGUUUUGUAGUUACUAUAAGCAAGCCACCGUGGGGCCUUGCACCUUUACGAGACCAACUGGUUUCUGGGAGUCACGUGAAAAAGACAAAUGGGAUGCAUGGAGCGCUUUAGGAAACAUGACAAAGGAGGAAGCCAUGAAGAAUUAUGUUGAAAACAUCCAGCUGAUUUUGGAGACCAUGCCAAUCUCGAGUGAGGUUUCUGACUUGGUGCGGCAGCUUGGCGACUUCAUCAUGGAAGAGGACGAGGAGGAGGAGGAAGAGGAUGGCGCUGAGGAGAAUGAGCUGGACAGAAGAGCUUUCGCAGCGCAAGCAGAGCUGUUCGAGCCAAAGAAACCUGCAAUGGAAGGCUACGGAGAUCUGUGGAAUGAUAUACAAAACUUUCAAGAAGAAGAAAGUGGCAUGAGCUUUAACAGACAGGAGGCGGUAGGAUGCGACGAUGGUCGUGAACAUCUGAGAAAAAAUGAAAGUAGUGACGACGACGAAGACGAGCCGGAUGGAAAAGAGCGGAGCCCGGGGUCGAGGCGGCACACAGCGCAGGACACGGGGUGGCGGCGUUACGCCAGAGGAUCCAGCGGCAGCUCGGAGCCCAGCGUGUCGUCGUUGACCAACGGGACUCACAGCUCCCUGAACAGCGCGGCGGAGGAGGAGGAGCUGGCCUACUCCAAGGAGCUCAGCACGUGCAGCCCCGUCUGCAAGCACUUUCAUGGACACUUGACGGAUCACACUGAUGCUGGUAAGAAGAGCUGCCACUUGGCAGACUCCGAUAAUGAGGAGUUCUGUGAUUCAAUGGAUCAUCCCGCCAUCGAGAAGAUUGUGUCUGCACCCAAAAUCCAGUCAGGUGGAUCAACACCUGCUUUGGUGAAGGAGCAAGAUCUUUGGUUUGAGAGCUCCUCCACCCUUAAAGCAGAAGACUGUUCACUCCGAGGAGAUUCUUACCAUAGAGAACCUCACAAGUUUGUUCGAGAUCGUCAGUCACCAAAGACCGCUGGCAGUUCUCAGCAGCGGUUCUGCGCCUGUAACAAUGUGUCGCAAUGCACUCGUCCCAGCAGCAAGGCUUCUUGGGGGAACGUCAACGAGCAAAUAGUUGCGGCUCUUGUGAGAUUGCAGGACGACAUGGCCGAUGUGCUGCAUCGGCUGCGCGCUUUAGAGGGCCUCACUGCGGCACAGUCAAGAUCAUCACCAAGGUGUGCAGAUGCUCCACCUGCAGCACAAAAGUUUUUGACACCAUCUUGGUGGCCGUUUGACCGUUCCCCAAUUACCGUUGUGGUGACAGCACUUUGGCCUGCAGUUGCAUAUGGUCUGGUCCAGCUUUUAUCACAGCGAAAGAGACGGAAAAUCACUUGAAUGAAUCAUUGCAUUUCAUCAUCAUGACGCCUGGGUGAAAUAGCUGCACUCUUCUUUCUCUGCCUGAUGAAGCGUCAUGGAGGAAAUAGGGUUAGGAAGUGAACAUGGGGGGGGGGGAGGGAGUUCAGAUUUGAAAAGUUUGUGAGUGCUUGAUGAAUCAUCGCUCAAUUUCAGCACCACAGCACAUUAUCGCUUAUCUGAGGAACAGAGAAAAAACGAUAAAUUCUUUUGUCCUAGAGGAUCACCUGUUUGUAUUCUUUCAAUUCUCUCAAGGGAACCAUACACUGACAUAUUUGUAAACAACUAUAUAAGAUUAUGAUUAUGUUCAAUGGAAGAAAGUAAAGACAAUCUUCAUGUACAAUUUUACAUCUUGUUUAAUUGUCAGUUGCAUAGUCAAAAGUGAACACGUAUACAUCAUCAAUUGUUUUGUCUUCUGGUUGAUUCAUGCUUUUUACACAGGUGGUCCGAGUUAAAGUAACAUAGUGGCUGUGUUUGCCAGUUUGAGUUGGGUAUCCUAACUGGCAAUGGACCACUUUCAUUGACUUUAUAAAAGUGUGUACAACACAUUAUAUUAAUAAAGAGAAACUGUUGCGUGUA